UUGCCUGGAGGACAUGGCAGGAGCGGACUAGCGCCGGUCGCUCUCCUUGUGUGGGGAUGCGGUCGCCGCAGGUUCGCGCGAGCAUCAGAGAUGAGAUCGCAGGAGCCGUGCAGAAGCUCAUCUCCGCCAGCUGCUCCGACGAGAACGCCAUCCGGUUGGCAAGGGACACCCUGAGGUCCGUGGGGAAGCGAGACGAGCAGCACAACAGCAUCCUCAUCGACCAGCUGCUGAAGCUGCUGCAGCGGCAUGCAGGGGAGUGGAUCAAGGUCCUCCCCCUCCUCGAGAUCAUCCCCUACGUCUCUAGAGCUGGCGACCUCCGUCUUGCCCCCGGCGCCUUGAGGUUCCUGACGCAUGACGAGUGGAUGGUUCGCAAGGCAGCUGCUAGGGCGCUGGAGUUUCUCAUCAAAGAGCACAAGGGAGGAGGGAGGGUGAGAACUAGCAGUCCUCGUCAUAGCCCAAUGGGGGAGCAGCGGAGCAUCUACGAGCCAAGAAACUCAAAGUUUCAUGAUCUCGGGGAGGAUCUGGAGGUGGUGAUUGAGGAGACAAGACCGAUGACAGGCUUCUCCCGCUCCUCCGACAUCCCAGACCGCUUCAUCACCUCCAGCAGCGGGCGCGAUGAGCAUGGUAGUGCGGCGGACAGCAGCCAAACGGACGACGCGGCUCUGCGGGAUGAAGGAUACGUGGAGAUACGAGACGGCAUCGUGGAGGCGAUGCGGUCGGAGGCUCCUGCCAUCCGAGCAGACGCCAUGGAGGUGCUGGGCCGCUGCAUGAGCAUGGGGGACGCGAUUGCCAUGAGCGAGCUGUUCAAGCACGUAAAGGACGUGGACCCGACCUGCCGAGCCCGCGCCAUCGCUGCCAUUGCGGCGAACUCUGUGAGAGGAGCGCCUGUUCCUGUGAGCCAUGUGGUCGAAGCCUUAUCAGACGGAGAUGCAGAGGUCCGCAAGGAAGCGUUGAAUGCGCUAGACGCAGUUGUAGUCAAGGGAGAUGAAGAAGUUCUGGAGAAGUUGAUCAUGAUGAAAGAGUACUCCAAGCGAUGGGCCCGAGACAAGGGCAGGCCGGACUGGGAGAUCCGCCUGGUCGCGUGUCAUGCGUUGGGCAUGACGAGCACCAUCAACAGCAAUGAGGCCAUAGAGACUCUCAAGAAAUCCCUGGGAGACGAGAAGGUUGAAGUCCGACGAGCUGCCUCCUAUGCCCUCGGGCUCAUCGCCGAGAAGACAGCUCCCAAAGGCACAAUCUGGACGUACAACAACGCGACGGCGCAGCCUGGGAAGGUGUCGACGUGGCGGAGCGAGAAGUGGGAUGUGGGCCUGCAGCGAUACAUCCCGGAGAUGUCGAGGACGCCCUUGGACUCUAAAAUGAGACACUCCCCUCGUGAGAUUCUCCAGAUGCUCACAAGGACGCCACGAGGCGGCACUGUACCUCACCUCCUCUUGACUCCGAGGAACGAGCACUUGUAUGAGGGCGAGGACGUGUUGAAAGCUCUCCAGCUACGAGAAGCUUUCCGACAAGACCAGGAGAAGAAGGAGGAGGUGAUGGCGAUCGCGCAGGAGCUGAAGAAAGCGAUCGAGACGCACGACCAGGCGACUGUUGAGCGGCUGCAGGCAAGAUUGGAGGAGAUCGCGGCCGGAGAUGAAGAAGAAGAUGAAGACGAUCUGGUAGACGACGACACAUCGCAGGAUCUUAGCCGUACACACUCGCUCAUGAGCCGCACCCGCAGCUUCUCUUCCGAGUUCAUAUGAAUAGAGAGAGCCUCUCAUUGC